AUGCUUGACAAGCCCAAGCCCGUUCAGUUCGAAUCGGUAAUGGCGAUCAGCAAGACCGUGGAGUGGCUGCAGGAGCAGCUCCAGACGCGCAAAGACUGCCUAUUGGUAAUGGACUGCAGAGCGCUGGAGCUAUACGAGUCCUCUCACGUCGAAACGGCGAUUAACGUGGCCAUCCCGAGCCUGAUGCUCCGGCGGCUGAAGAAGGGCAAUCUUCCCAUCAAGUCCCUACUCUCAAACGGUGAGGACCGGGAGAGAUUUGCGCGGAGGUGCAAGACGGACACUAUUGUGCUGUAUGACGAGUACAGCAGGGAAUGGAACGAAAAUGUCGACGGGGGCUCCGUGCUGGGCUUGCUGCUGAAGAGGAUGAAAGACGAGGGCUACAAGGCGUUUUACCUUGAGGGUGAGUGAAGUUGUUAUUUUUCCAGAAGCGCAUAUUUUCCACUAAAAUUUUGGCCUAAUUCGGUAAAUUAAUUAAUAAUGAAUAAGUGAAUAUUUGGAUGCAUUUGGCGCUAAAACGAAUAGGAUAAUGCAAAUAUAUUAGGUCACCACAUUGUGUAGCCUCGGCAUGUUUUUAUCAAUGGAUUUGUCUAACAAUAUUAUUUCAUUCAUCUUACAGGUGGUUUCAGUAAAUUCCAAGCCGAGUUCCCUGCCCUGUGCGAAACCAAUCUUGAUGGCUGUUUCAAUAGCAGUUCUCCCACUGCCCAGGUGCUCGGCCUCGGGGGGCUGCGGAUAAGCUCCGACUCCUCCGACAUCGAGUCUGACAUCGACAGGGACCCGAGCAGCGCCACAGACUCAGACGGCAGUCCCCUCUCCAACCCCCAGCCCUCCUUCCCAGUGGAGAUCCUCCCGCACCUCUACCUGGGCUGCGCCAAGGAUUCCACCAACCUGGACAUUCUGGAAGAGUUCGGCAUCAAGUACAUUCUGAACGUGACUCCGAACCUGCCCAACAUGUUCGAGAACGCCGGGGAAUUCAAGUACAAGCAGAUCCCCAUCUCUGAUCACUGGAGCCAGAAUCUGUCACAGUUCUUCCCGGAAGCCAUUAGCUUCAUAGGUAAGCCCAAUAACUUAUAUUCAAGCACACGGAUACCUCUCCGAUUCUAAUUUACACACAAUAAUUCAUUUUAACGCACAGGGUUAAUAAAUAAAACAGGUAUAUUUUAUAUCACCUCAGAAUGAAUUCAGGAUAAAAAAUGUAGUUGUUGUACAUUUAGGCCUAUAUUAGCCUAACUAGUGAAAGCCACAGGCCCACAGUAUGGGAAUUUACACUUAUUAAUAAGAUAUCUUAUCACCAGGAAGUUCUUUAGUUAUUAUUGUGCAAUUUGGAUUAUACAUGUCCUGGAGUACUUUCUUAUCAGUCAAUCAAAGAGAAUAAUACAGAGGGAACAAGAUUAAGUCCAUUGUGCCAAGCAGAGAAAUACUAUUCUAGUUCUAUGGCCCAUAACAAUAAACUACUCCCAAAUUACAAUGAUUAAACUUCAAUGGAACACUUCCUGCUUUUUUGGUCUGCAGCCGGGGCCUAGCUUACCUCAGGCUUGUGUAAUUGUAAUACAAAGGCCUGUGUGGAAAUUGGAGAGGGGGAGAAAGAGCAGAGGGAGGGGGUAAUUUGAGCACAACAGGAAGGAAGCGGCCAUUGAAAGUAAUCUAGGACAGCCCAGCGAUGUGUUCCCUUCACAAAGAGAACCAUUUACAGGCUCUGUUGUCAUCCUGUUAGCCCUGACAGGGUGCCCUCAUGACUCCUACGUUUAUACGCCCAAAUGGCACCAAUGUCAAGUAACUCGGGAAGCCUGAUAGAGCGUUAAUAGUCAAUUUCCAAGUCGUGGUACUCCAGGCCAAAUUAGAGAAUGUCGGCUCUGUUUAUGCGCAGAGUACCACAGCCGUUUGUUGAUGGAUGUGUCUGGGCCUGAGACUGUUAUGAUCGUUUCAGACUUCAGCCGCUUAAGCGUGGAACUGGUUUAGUCAAUGUUGUCCACAGGCACUGUUUUAUCUGGUAGCCCUUCCACUAGUCCUUCCACAGCCUAAGUUUAUUUUUCAGUAUCUAUAUGUUCAGAGCAAUUGUUUUUGUAUCGCUGUGUUUUCUCAGAAUACACAUUAUGCAUAUCUGACAAAAGUCUAUAACAUGUUCUUCUUCUUUUUUCCUGUCCUUCUCAGAUGAGGCUCGCAGUCAGAAAUGCGGCGUCCUGGUCCACUGUCUGGCCGGCAUCAGCCGCUCGGUGACAGUCACCGUGGCGUACCUCAUGCAGAAGCUCAACCUGUCCAUGAACGACGCCUACGACAUUGUCAAGAUGAAGAAGUCCAACAUCUCGCCCAACUUCAACUUCAUGGGCCAGCUCCUGGACUUUGAGCGCACCCUGGGCCUGAAGAGCCUCUGUGAUAACCGGGUGGCGGCCCCCACACAACCCCUGUACUUCACCACCCCCACCAACCACAACGUCUUCCAGCUGGACCCUCUGGAGUCC